AUGUACUCGUCGAUAUGGACGGUACUGGCCAUCUUGGCUCUUUCGGCCAGUCUGAUUUUCAAUCCCGCGGACCAGCCUCUUUUGUCGUCAGUCGGUUUCUCCCUCAUCGCCUAUCUGGUCACCUACAACCUGAUUCCUGCACUUGGACCAGCCUUCAUCAAGGUCGGCUUCUCGGGUCGAGACCUGUCCAAGAAAGACCGGCCUGAGAUUCCCGAGACCAUGGGAGCCGUAUGUGCCAUUGUCUACCUGUUUUGUAUGUUUCUGUUCAUUCCUUUUGUGUUCUACCAGUACCUGGCCAAAACCAUCGGAGGUGGCGUGGUUGUGGGUUACGACAGCUUGAGCGAGGGACUGGUCAAGGGACGAAUUCUCAGUGCGUUCCCUCACGAAAAACUCGCCGAGUACCUUUCUGCCAUCCUGUGUCUGCAGUCCAUGUUCAUCCUGGGUGUUGCAGAUGAUCUCUUCGAUAUCAGAUGGCGAAACAAGUUCUUCUUACCUGCCAUUGCUGCCAUCCCGCUGCUCAUAGUUUACUACGUGGACUUUGGAAUUACAGCCGUCAUGGUUCCCGUGGUUUUGAGACCUUACUUUGGAGACAUAGUGGACCUCGGGGCUCUUUACUACAUGUACAUGGCGGCCGUGGCCAUCUUCUGCCCUAACUCCAUCAACAUUUACGCUGGCGUGAACGGCUUGGAAGUUGGCCAAUCGGUUAUGAUUGGCGUGUGCAUCUUGCUGAACGAUUUCAUCUACCUCGUUCAGCCCAACCACCCCGCUGAAGAAUCUCAUCUCUUCAGUGUCUAUCUGCUGCUGCCGUUCCUGGCUGUCAGUAUCGCUCUUUUGAGACACAACUGGUGCCCUGCAAAAUGUUUUGUUGGAGACACCUACUGCUACUUCGCCGGCAUGGUCUUUGCGGUUGUUGGUAUUCUCGGCCACUUCUCCAAGACCCUCCUGCUGUUCUUUGUGCCCCAGAUCUUCAACUUCUUGUACUCUGUGCCUCAGCUGUUCAAGAUUGUCGACUGUCCUCGACAUAGACUGCCUAAAUUCAACCCCGAGACAGGUCUUUUGGAGCCUUCCCGGACCUACUUUGACAAAAAGAAGCCUGGUAAGCUUGGCCAAAUAAUGAUCUACGUGCUGGAGAAGCUACACCUGCUGAAAGUGUGGAGAGACGAGAAGGGAGUUGUCAUCAGCAUCUCCAACAUGACACUGAUCAACCUGGUUUUGGUCUAUGUUGGACCCCUGCGAGAGGAUCACCUUGCCGCUGUGCUUCUGGGUAUCCAGUUUGCUUCCGGUCUGGCUGCUAUUGCGCUAAGACAUUCAGUUGCAGCUAUGAUCUUUGGUAGGGACAACAUUUAA